AUGAUGCUUCACAAUAUUUGUAUGAACAGCGACACGAUCCGCCGAUCUGCCGACGAACAUCGUCUCGAAGUCGAACUGCUGCGCCGCUACCGUGCCGAAGUGGCGAGAUGCGACCGAUUCGGACAGAGCAUUCAGCAUAUAGGCGACGAAUGGAUGCGUCGUGAGAUUCGAGCAAUCUGCGGUUUCUAUGUUUCAGAUAGAUGGAUCAAAGAGUUUCGAAUGAAGAACAAGAUCAAAUAUUUCACGGGACGCCGACACAUUGAUACGCGAUUACCCGCGACGGUGGCGCCGACGUCAAAAAUUCGAAAGCCGAGUUUGAUCAAAGAGAGACGCACUCGUGUCAUUCAUCGCGAGUACGAAAAUGUGGACAACGAGGUGUGGGCGGAGAUCACGCGCCGGCAGCGGAAUGGCGAACGGCUCACGAAUCCGUGGAUCCGCGAGUUUGCGCAUUCCGUUGCCGCCAAACUCUAUCCCGGAAACAAUCACGUAAUCGAGUAUCUCGAUCUUAACUGGCUGUAUCGAUUCAAACGAAGAUUCAGCAUCAAUUUAAAGCCACAAGAUCCACCUCAAACAAUUGAGCCGCCACAACCUCCACCGCCGCCGCCGCCUUCGACGCAAACACCUGCUCCAGCUCUCUCUUUGAUUCCUAAUGGAUUCACCCCAAUAAGCAUUACAAUAAAUGUGCCAUCCGUCGAAGUCUACGAUUAUUUCACCCGACUUCUCGUCAUUCAAAACUAUCUUUAUUUCAUCAGUAAUUACCAAACACGUCUAGAAUAA